CCCACUUGCGUCACAUGAUCCAUCAUGGCGGAAGCGCAGAGUUCCAGUGUGACGAAAGAGUCGUCUUCAGAAUCCUCAAAAAUGGACUUGGAUACCAAGAAAGGUGACGGAGAGUUUACGAAAGUCGAAAAGAAAGUCUCUAGAAAGAGAAAACACGACGGGGCGGAGGCUAUGGACACAGAUAAGCCCACGAAGAGACCGAGUUUCCCGCCGAUCAGCCCGGACAAGCUUCUGGAAGGUAAAGUGGACCUGAGAAAGAUCCCCGUCCCCCCAAACAGGUACACUCCCCUGAAGGAGAACUGGAUGAAGAUAUACACACCUGUGGUGGAACACCUCAAGUUACAGAUCAGGUUUAACCUCAGGACAAGACAUGUGGAGAUUAAGUCGUGCAAGGAGACCAGAGAUGUAGGUGCUCUCCAGAAGGGAGCCGACUUUGUACGAGCGUUCACUCUGGGCUUCGAUGUGGAGGAUGCUUUAGCCCUGGUCAGACUUGACGACCUCUUCCUGGAGUCAUUUGAAGUUGCUGAUGUCAAGGCAUCAUUGAAAGGAGAACACUUGUCCAGAGCAAUUGGUCGGAUAGCAGGGAAAGGGGGAAAAACAAAGUUUACUAUCGAAAACGUUACCAAGACAAGAAUAGUUCUUGCAGACACAAAAAUACACCUCCUUGGGUCCUUCCAGAACAUCAAGACAGCCAGAACAGCAAUCUGUAAUCUUAUACUUGGGAGUCCUCCCUCCAAGGUUUAUGGACAGAUGAGAGCUGUUGCAGCAAGAUCUGCAGAAAGAUUUUGAUGAAAAGAUGCCAAUGUAGAGUCAAGUGUUCUUGGUAUUCACUGCCAGAUGGGAUUUUCAAUGCCAAGGUUCUGCCAGGAAACAAUUGCUCUUGGACAAAGAGAAUGCUUGUGAUUUGAUGAAAAGUGACUGAUAGAAACAUCCAUAAAUAAAGAACCUUACUAUUUGUCUGAAAGGAAAUUUCUAUUGUAGUGACUCAAAGGAAAAGUAUCAGUGAUUGGGAAAUGGAAUGGAUUUGUCAUUUGAAUCUACUGCUGUUUGUGACUACCAUGUCCAAUGAUGUUUGGUAAGCAUUCAUCCCAACUGGAUACUGUAAUUCCUGAUUUUUUUCAAUGUACUGUUAUGUUCACGGUUUUCACAGUGACAAC